AUGGCUCCAGCAGUUGAUCCAACCAAGUACCGCAGCAUCGUCGGCUCUCUGCGCUACUUGGUGAACUCCCGGCCAGACCUUGCCUACUCGGUGGGGUAUGUCAGCCAAUUCAUGGAGAAUCCCACCACCGAGCAUCUUGCUGCUGUCAAGAGGGUGCUCAGGUACGUUGCAGGCACUCUGCAAUUCGGUUGCUGUUACAGAAGGAAGAAAGGAGCUCAGCUUGUUGGGUACAGCGACAGUGACCUGGCGGGCGACAUCGACACCCGCAAGAGCACGACCGGAGUCGUCUUCUUCCUCGGCGGCAACCUGGUCACCUGGCAAGCGCAGAAGCAGCGUGUUGUGGCUCUGUCAUCAUGCGAAGCAGAGUACAUAGCUGCCGCCACAGCUGCCUGCCAAGGUGUCUGGCUCACUCGUCUCCUAGCAGAGAUCAAGGGAAAGGAGGCAGGAGCUUUCGCACUCAAGAUCGACAACCAGUCCGCCGUCGCGCUCAGCCGGAAUCCCGUGUUCCAUGAUCGAAGUAAGCAUAUUGAUGUCAAAUACCAUUAUAUCCGCGAGUGCAUCGAGGAGAACAGGGUUCAGGUCCAGUCCAUUGGGACGUUGGAGCAGCUGGCGGACAUCUGCACCAAGGCUCUGGGGCGCGAACGAUUCUGUGAGCUGCGCUCUAAACUUGGUGUCCGUCAUGUAGGCAAGGCUUAG